AUGGCGAAGCGCGCCUCUGAUGCUGACGACUCCCACCUCGCCAGCAAGAUACAACGAAUUGAGCACGCAAAUCCUACGAGCCCUCACCAACCCCAUACCAACAACGAUUUCUCUGGCUCUGUCAAGAGGAAGCUUGCCGAUGCGAAGCGAACGGGCCAGGCCUGUGACAGAUGCAAGAUUCGCAAAAUUCGUUGCGAUGGACGACCCGAAGGAUGCACACCCUGCGAGCAGAACAGAACGCCAUGUCGCACAACGGAUCGCAUCACCGGGCGCGCUACGGUACGCGGUCACGCUGAAGCCAUGGAGUCGGAAAACCAAUACCUGCGGAAUCAGAUAGCCGAUUUGCAGGCGCAAUUGAAGGAAGUGGGCGUCGAGCCGCGUCCUACACCUGCAUACAACCCUCUACAACCCCCUAGCUUGUCAUACGACACCCAAAGCUGGUCGGAAACACCGCGACCGAUAAGCACAUCUCCGCUACCUGGCUACGCGCCAGCCGGCGGUGGGCCUGGCAAAGGCGAGCUACACUCGCUGCCUCACUUCAAGCAUGGAUCCAUAGGCGACAACUAUCUAGGCGUCGCUUCUGGCGAUUCGCUAUUGAGCCACAUCAGAGGCACGUCACUGUCCGUCUUCGGGACCGAGAUUGACAUCACGGACUUCAUGGCGGACGAGGCCGAGUACGAGAGCUCAGUCAUGUCGUAUACAACUCUGCUGAGGAUCUCGUCAGGAGGCCAGCGUGUCGUAGCCCCUUCUUUACCACCAUACCAAGGUCUGCAAGAGUACGCCAUGUGGUAUCUUCGGUCUCUCAACCCCUAUACCAUGCUUGUGCAUAAGCCUGCCUUCAUGGACCUGAUCUGGAGAUUUGGAAAUGAUGCGAAUUUCACUCCCACCGCGCCCGAAGUCGUAACCGUCCAUAUGAUGCUUGCGACGAUCCAGUAUCAAAUCGCUACGCGGAAUAGCCAGCAGAGCGCAUUGCUGGAAGAAUCACACGCACAUUACCAGUACGCCCUGACCUUCUACGCGGAGCUACUCCAAGGACGACACAUGUUGCAGGAUGUGCAGGCGUUGGCUAUGAUAUGCCACCAUCUUCGCAAUUUCCCAAAGCCCGGCCCUGCCUGGAUCUUAACCUCCCUCACGUAUCUCUUCGCCAUCGAACUUGGCUUGCAUCGCUCUGUCCGUGCGUGGGCCGACGGAACAGGAAAGCUGAGCAAACUCGAGAUUGAGAUGAGGAAGCGAGUCUUUUGGACCUUGAACGCGCUGCAAGUGAAUCUCAACGGAAAGCUCGGAAGGCCAAUGCCAAUUAGUAAUGAGGACAUUGACGUCGAAUUUCCGGAGCCGAUGAACGACUGCCUGCCAGGCGAGGAAGCAAACCUAGACCCAUUCCAUCAAUGUUCAUUCCAAGUGGGCAUCCAGAUCGCCAAAUACACGGCUUUGGAGUUGGAACUCUACAAGACAAUCUAUGCAGUACGACAUUCACCGCGCGCAUAUAUAGAUAAUUUGAAACGGCUGGAGGCGGGCAUUCAACAGUGGAAAGAUGAGCUGCCUCGCGAGCUUCAAGACCCAUCGCGCGCCUCUCCGGACAAGCACAUAUUCGCCUUGUAUCUUGAGUACUGGUAUCAAGCGUAUAAUCUCUUGCUCCAUCAUCCAGCGGUUUGCCGAUCCGUCGAUCCCGCCAUCCUCAGCUCAAACCUUGACAAGUGCCUAGAUGCGUCACAAAAGAUGUUACACAACUGCACGGAGAUGAUGCAUAAGAAGAGCUUGGAUAUACCCUGGAUCAAUACAGUCGUGUUCAUCGCAGCUACUUUUACCACGCUAUUCAUCUCGACAACGCGGAAGGACCAGUUAACACCCGUCGACAUGACGAAGCUGAAGGCCGACAUGGCAACGUGGGUCAAUAUUCUUGGCGAGUGUGACCAUUUCCUGGGAUCAAACGAUAAGCUGAAGAAUGCAAUCGCGAAAAUCAUCGCUCAGUCGCUAAACAACAUCAAUGACAGCAUUGUCAAGCGCACGGCAACGGAAUCGCUUGCGCGCGUGGCUUUGCAAACACCCCAGCAUGUCAACUCUACUUCGGUCUAUGACAAUACUAGCUACCAGGAACAGUAUGCCACAACACCUAACCCCACAGAUUCUGUCAUGACGUCUCAAAGCUCAGGCUACAAUAGCCUUUCUGGAGGCGUAAGCACUUCGCAUCCCUAUAACCUUGCGAACCCUCUAGUGGUUUCGCAGCAGGCUAGCAGUGGUUUUGACCAGCAGGCAUACAGUAGCGGGGAGGAGUCGGGCAUGAAUCCGACACACGCGGCGGCUUUGGCAGCAGCAGCCAGCAACACGCCGCAGCCGACAAGCAGUGCAUAUGCUUAUGCAGCUACUCAGAUUGCUAACAAUGGUCACCAGUCCGAGUACAGCAACAGUUACGCCGCACCCCAUGAUUGGCGCCAAUGGACGAGAACGUAUAUGCAGCCGCAACUGGGUCAGCCCGGCGAGUACCUAAAUACAGCAACAACGCUCAUGACACUGGGUCGCGGCGAAUCCCAAGGCCCUGGGAACGACGGGCCAGGGCUUGUCGAUGGCUCCGGGGUCCAAGGGCAUGCCGGCCCUCAUUGGCCGGAAAUAUCGUUCCCGGGUGCUGCCAAUGGGCAUCUGGGGCAGCAAUGA